GUUUCUCCCAACCAGUGAAUUUGUAGCAUCAUCUUACUUAGUACUUGCAUAUUUCUCUGGUCCCAGUCGCCAGGCUUUCUAAAGUACAUCCUCUCUGGACUGACUGUCCAAUCCAAUAUCCUUGCUUUAACUCUGCUUUUUUGGCUUUUUCUAUUCCGUUCUUUUUUUUGUGAUAGGCUAAUUCACGUCUCGACCCGCUUCGCGACUGCCACCGCGAAAACGAACGAAACGACCCUGCUCGUCUAGGCUCACAUCUCAAUCAUAGGUCCAGCUUGGGCAUCAAGUCUUAUCAUUUGCACGACAAAAACAACGGACUAGUCGUCCGUUAAUCAUCGCAUCCACCCAACGCUAAUCCUAAUUCCACCAAAAAUAAGCCCUAUAAUGUCUUUAUCUGCCUCUGACAACAAUGGCUCCUAUUCACGAGUCUCUUCGGGAAAGACCCCUCCUCCAGCCCCUUCUGCUGCAUAUGCAAAGAGGGCACGGGAGAUCCAGGCGGAAGAACGGCUGAACAGUGCUAGAUAUAGGCCGCCUGCGCUGCGCGCUCUUCCUCCGAGCAGUUCUCCCCCAAACGACUUCACCACCGUCGCUUCCCCCAGUGAUGAUUCUACCACAUCCGCUUCUAAUUAUGCACCAGGUUUUAGGAGAGCACGGGCUGGAACGCUGCCUUCUGAUGUCCAUCUCGCUGCACAGCGCUUCGCUGCCGCAUCCAGUACUCUGAGCAGUACUACUCCUUCAACGGAAUCGUUUGCCGAACAGUUGCAGCAGAGGCAGGCCGCCAACACGCCUCCUACCAUUCUCGUACCCGUGCGCCCUACCAUUCGGCAUACCACGACGGUAGCGGCUCCACAGGCAGCUCCCACAUCAGUCGGCUCCGAGCGUAACAGUCGCUUAAGAUCAGGCUCAUUAACGCUGCCUUCAGCCGGUCUCUCCAACGCAUUCGGCCCGUCUAUCUUCUCAUCGUCAUGGUUAUCCUCCGCCAAUGGGUCGGGAUCUAACUUUCCUGUUCUGGACGAGUUACGCUCCGUUACGUCCGCGGAUUCGGUCGAUGAUUUUGAUGUUCAUACCUUGGAUUAUCUUGGUUUGGAUGAUAGUCACCGACCACCACCCGCUGCUACUAUAUCUGAACUACGGACCCAAGCGCAGGCUGCUAUUGCUGGGAACCUCGCCAAUCCACCGCGCUUGAGGGCGAGUACGGUUUCAAACCCUUAUCGUACGCGCUCCUCUGGUGCUUCGUCUCUCCUCGCCACCCCUAAUGCGGAGGAGGAAGAGGAGUAUUUUGAUGGGCAUGAUACUCGGCCGUACGAACGUCAACGGUUGGGCCUGUACGAUGGCUCCAUGUCAGACGCUAGUCUCUUCCACUCGUCAUACGUGGCGAAGGGGUUCAAGCAGGGCGACCAUCUAACACCUGCGAGCGCACUCUCGUCCCGACCCAGAGCAAUUUCCGUAGGAACGCUCGAUGAUCCCAUUCGUACUCUUCAGCGCCGCGCUACGACUACUGAAGCCCAAUCCCCAUAUCUCAACGAUCUUGCGGCUGCGAACGGAAGUCUUGCGAACCUGUCUAAUCCAGCUGGGAUUUUGAAGAGUGAUGUGAAGAUGUCGAGUGCGCGGGGGGCGUCUUCGCCGACGGUGCAUUUCCCCAACGGCGAAUUGAGUCGUGCAUCGUCGUACCUCGCUGCGCCCAAUUCGCAGGGAAGGGCUGUGUCCCCCAAGACCGAGGCGAACAAUAACUCGCAGAUCCAGACCCCUACGCGGUCGUUAUGGAUUGGGAAUUUAGAUAGUGCUGUCACGAGCGAGCAGCUGAUUCAUGUAUUUGCGCCGUAUGGUGCUAUUGAGAGUUUAAGGCUUUUGCCGGAGAAGGAGUGCGGUUUUGUUAAUUUUGUUGAUCAAGCGGAUGCUAUUCGAGCCAAAGACGAUGUCCUCAACCGUCUAGGCGGGAACAUCGGUAUGCCAAACGGGCAGACCGUGCGCAUUGGCUUUGGGAAAGCGGACAGUGCUCCUGUUGCCCCUGCCAAGGGCACGACUGUUACGAGCUCUGGUGCCACGUCUCCUAGUGGCUUGAGCAAGGCCAGCAGCCCUGGCCUUGGUGGAUUGGACGCACAGCUACAAUCUACGCCUACUCGUGCGCUGUGGAUUGGGUCUAUCCCGAGCACCACAACACCUGCGACGAUCUUGAGCGUUUUCAGCCCUUAUGGGCCUAUCGAAUCCGCGAGGGUAUUGACGCAUAAAAAUUGUGGAUUCAUUAACUUUGAACGUCUGGAUGACGCUGUGCGUGCCCGGAAGGCCUUGAAUGGUCGUGAUGUCCUUGGUAGCGAUGUUGGUGCUAUUCGUAUCGGCUUUGCCAAGGUCCCUGUCAAGAAUGGUCAGGAAGGUAACGGAACGCAAGAUGACAGUCCUAGCGUUGCAGUGCAGGGUAUUGGUGAUUUGAGCGUCGGAGCCACUAUCCAUGCUCUUCGCAGCGUGAAAGGCGCGUCCACUAUCCCAGCAGAUCAGCAAGUGCUCGGUGGUCAGGUGGAGAACUACCGCUCGAAUCUCUUGCUUAGUAUGAUUGGCUCUGGUAUGCACAAUAUCGCGUAUGCUUCUGACGGUUUGUCGAAGCCUGCUGGAUGGUUACCUUCGGUCACGGAACAGCAGAUGAUCAUGAAGGAGUUGACGGCUGGUAGCCCUGAUGCCGAUUUUGAUAUUCAGUCGUUGUCUGAGUUCCGCCCCCCGACAAUGUAUUACACGACGAUUCCGCUCGUUUCUGAGAGACCUAACAACAGGCGCUGGGAUGCCUCCAAAUUGCGCGAACUCCGCAAGAGGCUGGAUUCUGGUACAAUGACCGUGGAGGAAACUGAUCAAGUGGCUGGUGACUUUUUGGAUGGCGAGAUCGUCGACUUGGCCUCGGACUGGCUGGGCAACACGGUCGUACAAAAGCUGUUUGAAAAAUGUUCUUCUGUGCCGCGGUUCGCGAUGCUGGAAAGAAUCACACCUCAUUUGGCGAUGAUUGGCAUCCACAAGAAUGGUACUUGGGCUGCACAGAAGAUCAUUGAGUGUGUCCAGACUCCUGAAGAGGUUGGGCUCAUCGUGCAAAAUUUGAGGGCUUAUGCUCCACCAUUGCUGCUUGAUCAGUUCGGUAACUACGUGGUUCAGUGUUGUCUGCGUUUUGGGGCUCCUGCUAACGAUUUUAUCUUCGACGCUAUGGUCGAUCGUAUGUGGGAAAUCGCACAAGGUCGCUUCGGUGCACGCAGCAUGAGAGCAUGUCUCGAGAGCCCACAUAUCACGUUGAGCCAGCAACGUCGUAUUGCUACUGCCGUGAUCUUGAAUUCUAUUCCUCUGGCGACAAACCCUAACGGCGCACUGCUGCUGACAUGGCUGCUUGACACAUCUUCUUUCCCUUCGCGGUACAACCUUCUUGCACCUCGUUUCACGCCUCACCUGUCGCACCUGUGCACGCACAAAUUAGCAUCUUUGACCGUUCUCAGGAUUGUCAACCAGAAGAUCGAGUUCGAAGCAUCUCGUCAGAUCGUCCAAGCGUUGUUCUCGUCUCCAGGGGACCAUGUUCUCACUGACGUGUUGGGCGAUCAAGUAAAUGGUGUAGCGGUUGUGCACAAGAUCCUGACUAGCCCGUUCAUCGACCCUAUUGACAAGCCAACUUAUAUUGAGGCCACUAAGCGGGUAUUGAUCGAGCUCAAGGUUAUCGCUACCCAGGCUUAUCGUCGGUUAAUUGAAGAAGUUGGUCUUCCCAUCCCAAACUACCAGCCCACGUACACCACUAAUGGUCCGCCUGGCAAGAAGGGUCAGAACCAGAAUCACUACGGAGUGCCUGGCCUGCCAUCAGGCUACCCUUCGAAUGAUCAGGGUUUGGCUUCGAUGAUGGCUGCGUUGCAGAUGGGUGGACAGAACCCCCAGUCUGGACCUCCGCAACUGCACAUAGAUCCUGCAUAUGGUCAAGCUCCUGCGCCACGCGGCCGUAUCUCUCAACCACCUUCUGCGUUCUCGCCCUCUUCAGACCCUUUCAAUCCUUUUGCCCUUCGCUCUCCGGACAUGAGCAGUCCUCGCACCUCUACUAUUCGUCGUAAUGGCGGACUUCCCUCGAUUCCUCCUUCUAUGACUCCCACCCCUGUCUCUACCAUCCCAUACGGCAAUCAAUCUCCCAAUCUUGCACCUGGUGGCAUCCUUAACAUGGGUCAACCAGGCUUCAAUACUCAGAACGUUCCCCAGCACCUCUACCAGGCAUAUAUGUACCAAGUAUACCAGCAAACACCGCCGUCCAGCAUGGGCACCUUCAAUUAAAAGCACACUCACGACCCCGCUCACGACCUGCUUUGUUGCAUAUCGAAUGAAAUUAUUCCUUUCUGUUGUCUAUCUAUUCUUCUGCCACACAUGCGCCAGGUUAUUUGCCAGACAAUCACACCCCAUUCCUUUCCGAUGAUACCCCUCGUCGCGCUUCUUUCAUUGUCACACUCCUUACUUACUUUCCCCCCUUUUGGGCAAGCACCUGGGCGGUGGUUUCAGAGGGCCAGUCAGGAAAUAUUGCUAUUUCUUUUUUUUCAUUCUCCAAUUCUACAUAUCUGCAUUCCUACGUUGGUUGGUUUGUGUAUAAAUACUACGUAUGGAUGGCUGUAACACAAUUAUCGCCCCGAACUAUAGACGAAUAUUGAAACUGCCGUUCUGCUGAUCGAAACUGCAUGUGCACUUCCCCUGGUGCAGGGAUCAACUCGUUUGUAAACCAAAUAUGUAUAAACAAAAACGCUGU